AUGUUCUUUUCAGGCAACCUCAUCACUUUUUCCGUCGGCACCGCCAUAACCUGGGCUUCCCCGGAGCUGGACAAGCUCGAGGAGAUCAACGUCAUCUCCAACCAGGACCAGAGAUCAUGGGUCUCGUCGCUGUUCCAGCUGGGCGGCCUAUUCGGCCCAUUCGUGUACGGUUUCAUGGCGGAUAAGGUCGGCAGGAAGAACACCAUCUUGGCGAUAGGGGUGCCCUUGCUAGUGGGAUACCUUCUGAUGGCGUUCGUUAGGGAGCUGGCUUCCUUCUACGUCAGCAGAUUCAUUAUAGGCGCGUAA